AUGGCUACCCCUGUCUCAAAGAAACCACAGCGUCGGUUUCAAUUCAUUGACAACAGUGAUGUCACCACCAUGGGAUCCAAUUCCACCCAAGUCCGGCGCCAUGUCAUGCAGGAGUACAUGAGAGAGAAGCGAUGGGAAGCUCGCACUCAGUCCAAUCCUGUCGAGGGAGCCGAAGCACCGGCUCGAAAAAAGCCCGACAAGCCAAGGUCGCAAACACAAUCGCGACAGCGACGUCCGCCGACCGAACGGUCAGUUGCUACAGAAAAUGCCGGCGGAAAGAGCCGUCGGGAUAGCUCCAUCGAAGAGAUCGAUCGUCAUCUCGUGGUGGUUCGGGCGAAGCCUUCGACUGCCUUCCGUAUAGGGUCGACGGCCUUUGCCAAAUUGGCAGAUAUGGUCCCCGAUGCUCCAUUCACUCCGCCAUCCUCUAUCAAGUCCAGCGAUCCGUCCUCGCCUCAGAACAUGCGUUGGUUAUCAAGCGGUUCUCUGUCUCACAGCCCUGAACCAAAGUCAUAUCUGAGUGCUGCCCGAACUGACCCGUUCGACGCUCUGCCAAUGGAACUAAGCCCUCAAGACCAGGAACUAUUUGAUUUCUAUGCGAACGUCAUGCCAGCUUGCUCGUAUGGAUUUGAACGACGGAGUCCACUUGCACACAAUUGGUAUCUGACUGUCUUCAUUCCCGAAGCCAUGAAGGGCGCCGUGUGUUUCCAGAAUACCAUUCUUGUCCACGCCGCCAACACGCAGGCUUGGGUCCAAGGUGUACCAGAGACACGUCUUGCCAUCGAGCAUCGGGCUAAAGCAUCGCAACUGCUCCUUCACCACUAUCAGCAACACCCACACGACACCUCAGAUGCCACGAUAUCCGCCACAAUUUCUGCCGCGGCACUGGAGGACUUUGACCCGCGCAUAGAGCGCCGUAUAUACGCGUGGAUGCACUGGGAGGCCGUGGUGCAAAAGAUCAGGGACCGAGGUGGGCCCGCUGCUCUUGUGCAAAACAACAGACUGCAGAUGUUGAUCAACUGGUCCGAUUACAUCUUCUCGGGAUAUAAAGGUCAUGGUGCUACCUUCUACUUUGACCACCCAUCGUCACCGAGCCACUCAACCGACCAGGAAGCGGAGGCUAUUGCCCGUGCUGAGAUCGCCGAGCAGUGUGAAGAAUUCAUCACUUUCCUCAAGUGCGCCGAACAUCUUGCCCUCGUGCAAGCGGGCUUGCAGACCAACCCAAUCUCAAGGAACCAGCAACCCUUGCGAUACUCGGUCUUUUCACCUGGACAGCCUCUUCACAGUCUCCUGGCAAGCCCGAAUGGCCCACGCUAUACGGAUACGGGACAGUUCAAGCAGAUCAUAUCCAGGUUAGCUGCUUUGAUGACGAUCAACACCGCCAUUUGGGAAUAUCGGCACUCGAUUGAGUACAGCGAAGCAUUCUUUGCUGAACUUAUGGACAAUAUCAUGCACAACGAACUGGACCGACACAUUUCUGUGGAAGCUCUGAUACAGAUUUUGUUGAGCGAAAGCAACAAUCCUGCCUUGCUGCAUACCGAAAGACCGUGGUUCGUGGGGAGAAUGCUGAAAGUGUCCAAGCGCUUGUCACGGCCAACCUUUGAAAAGCUGAACGACUUACUCCUAAACUUCUUGUCGCUGGGGCCGGGGCUCGCACCCGUUGUGUUGGGUUGGGAAAGCGAAUUACGCGCAGAGAUUCUGCAGGCCCCUUUGGUCAGCUACCAGUCCCGGUUCAUGUUGGAACCACCAUGA